AUGGUUUUUCGUAAUUCCGCAAAGGCCCCCAAAGUCGACGAUCUCUCAGAAUUCCUGAAGCACAUCAACCUUCUCGUCCUGGAAGUAAUCCACUCGAUCUCAAAUUUGAAGGGAACAUCUGAUGAAUAUGGCGAAAAAGAAGACACUUACUAUGCUUGGUACGACAAAACUUCAAACGAGCUUGGAAAAAUGCACGAACGACUCCUAGACGAAGAUAUCAAAGAAGAUGAUCUCUUGGAAGCGGCUCAAAAUUUUAAAGAAAUGAUCGAAUCCCUCAACAUUCUACGUGGCAAGGAAAACGAUGUCAAAGACGCUGCCAGAAAUAAUGACCUUGAAGGAAUCAAGCUCGAAAGAAAUGUCGGAACCGAAAUGCGAAGAAUGAUCAAAUCCUUCGAAGACGAAGAAGUUCAAAAAGAAAAAGAAAAUCUUGUUGGAAACUUGACUUUUAUGCAUGAAAAAAUGGAGGAAACUUUCUACGAAAAUGGGACGAUGAUUUUCAACGACGCAGAAAUCAUCGCUGAAGAGCUAUCAGAGCUCGUGUCGAAUAGCUCUAAUAGAUUGCCUCAUGGACACCCAAAUGCAUCGAGCUGGCUUGAAGAAGCUUUGAUGGUAAAGGAAAUCAUCGAGGAGUCUUUCACUGAGACAGAAGAAGCCAUGGCUGAGCUUCUUGAGCUCCAUCACACUUUGAAAGAAAGCAUCGAAAACUUGACGAAACUGACGGAAAACGCAACAAACUGGCAAAAUGAAGUGAUUGACGAGCGAGAUCUUGUUGCUUACAUUGAUCUACUAUUUUACAUGCAAAAGAGGAAACUCAGCGAUGAAGAAAAGAAAAAAGCCGAUGAAAUUAUUAAGGAAUGUGUUGGAACAAACCCGAUCAAACAACUCGAUGAGCAGUUCAAGAAGCUCAAUUUGACGGGCUUACUUGAGGAUCAACAAAUGAACCCGAUUCUUGCCAAAGAUCUGAGCGACCGUGCUGCGGCUUUGGGAGCAAAAGCGGCAGAAUUUCAGAAGCUGGUUGAGGAGAUCACUCAAUUGACAAAAGAUACGCAGUCUAUCAACAUAAACGAGACUUCUAUCAAUCAAAAUCAAACGAAUUCAACGCUUGAAGACUUUUCCGAAGUAAAUAAGAAAACAAAAGAAGAACUUCAAAAACUGGAGCAACUCAUAAAUGCCGAGGAGGAAGAUAUUGUAAGAAACCUGACAGAGAAGAAUCAAGCUGUUUUGGACACAAAUGAAAGGGCCGAAAAUGUCGAAGAAGAUAUCAAGAAGAUUGUUCAAGAAAUGAAGGAUACAAUCGAAACGAGUCGAAGAAGAAGAAAUCUCCGAAAACUCAAAUCUCACAAAAGGCGAGAAGCUGAAAUUUCAGCGCGGAAGGAAAUCAUUGAGAUAAACCAACAGAUCGAUCAAUUAUUAGAAGAAAUCAUCAACUACCGUGAAAAUUACCGUGUCCUGGAAGAAACUCAUCUAGAACUGGGAAGAUACAAAACGUAUGUCGUUGAUCCAGUCGACGAAAUGACCGACGCAAUCGCAAAACUAAAAGAGCGGUAUCAAAAUGCAAAAAUGCAUAUUCAAAGCUGUCUUCAAGAUGAUUGUUUCCAGAAGAAAAUGAUCUUCAACACAAGAGAACGAGACUCAUCUGAGCGACCAGAUGAUUGCCCCGAAAGACCAAGCGCUGUGCCGAUAAUGGUCAGACCUUAG